GCAGAAUCCCGGCACUAACGGACCCAAUCUUGCAGAUCAUCUGCACGCCGAUAGCCGGGACGCGCGAUGAGACGCAGCGCUCCACAGAAUUCGUCUGGAUUGGGUUUGUUCUUCUCCAGACUAUGUACAUGUUUGCGACAUGUCGUCUCCUGCUAUGAAACCCCCCACAAUGCACCCAGCUAACAGCUGGUGUUGCCGCCUUGCGCCUGCCUUGCUGCCGCCCACAGACUUGCGCCAUUCCUGGUAGCGAUGCGCGUUUGUGCAACCACAAGAUGCAGGUCAUGCACCUCAACACGUAUCGCAGCGCGAAGGCCAACCCGGGACAGGUGCGUACGAUAUUUGGGCACGAAUUUGAUUGCGCGCGGUCAUCCAUCAUCUUCUUUCUCCACCCUCUCGUGUCUGCUACUUCCGAUCCUUCACCCCAAACGUCUCCCUAUCAUGCAUAGCGAGUACGAUCUCUGUAACUGUAUACCAUGCCUUGUCUUCGACCUCGGAGGGUACGUUGAUCCCGACGAAGGCGACGCAGUGCACAAACGACUCGCUCAGCGUGGGUUCACCUUACCCGAGCGCAAGGGCUUGAGCGAAGAAUGGGACUGGCAUAACAUUGAAAACGAGGCCGAAGUACGUCGGCAGACACGUCAUUUCCAUCUUUACGGCCACCAACUCAAGUGCACGCGGAUAAAGGGUGUCAGCCUGCAUCCUCAUUCCACUCCCAGGCCUGAUGUCUCGGCCGCAGACUGGGCCCGUUUGUUCAGCGCCGCAGCGCAUACGUACGAUUGCGCGAUCCUUGCCGACAAGAAGGUCCGGCAGACGGUGAAAAAGACCGUCCGUCGACUGUCCCGCACCCGUCCAGGAUCCGCGCUUGCUGAAGUAUACACAAUCAACGACGAAAGAAGCGAAUUUCCUACUCAGCAGCCAAAGACCUCCGUGCCGUCUGCGCUCUGUCAGCCCCUCGUUGCGCCCAUUACCUGUCAGCGCACGCACAGUCCGAACCCGAAACAGCUUAUAGCCGCUGACAGCGCUUCCUUCCUUGUCCAGCUCGGAAGUAGCGCGAGUCAGCGCAAGUACACCGACAUAUUGCUGAAUAGAUUGAACGGAAACCAUCAGCCCCGGAACAUGCACAGCAGUAUCAAGCAAGGCUAUUCCCCUUACAAAGUUGUCAAACGCGACGUAAACCCGAAGACACUUAGCUCUGGUAACCUGCUCAAUCACCCUUGCCGUCAUCGGCAAACUCCCGCGCCGCGUCACCAGUAAGCAAUUCACGGUACCCAACAUAGCAGCUCAAGCACCUCGUCUCACUACGACCAUGACGGCAAGCUCAUGAGAGCCGACAUUCUCCG